AUGGCGACGAGUAUUUCGUCGCUUCCACCUGAAGUUAUCCAUUUGAUUGCCGCUGCCGCCCAUCUUGAUGACCUAGCCAGCUUACGCCUCGUCAGUAAGCAAUGGCACGACAUAUCAACCAAGUUGUUUGGCCUCGCAAAACUUCAACAUCCACGUUUCAUAAUAUCGCCUUACAGCUUGCAGGGGCUUUUUGACUUGACGGCGCAUCCAAUCCUAGGUCCUUGUGUUCAAUCGAUCGAACUCGGUACAUACCGAAUGAAGAAAUAUUUCGUGAAUACCCAACCUCGUCUGGAAGCCAGUCAAGCGAACACUGCAGCGCUUACACAGUUCCCGUUCGAGGUCACUGGGUUGCAUAUAGUUCUCCUCACUAAGGCUUUGGCAAAUCUCCACAGACAUGGUGUUGUGCCUAUGAUUGGGUUGUUUGAAGAUGUGGUCUCCGUGGGCCCUGGAGAGACGUCUCUUCGCCGUGGUUAUGGCUAUGAUGAGCUCUAUGGCUCGGUCAACCUUCUUGAAUAUGGCGAUUCAAGAGCAGCACAAACUCUUAUAGCCCUGGUCAAGGCGCAUGAUAGCUCCGCAUGUCCUAUACGUGGGAUCUCAGUCGAUCUUCAGUGGAACUCACUUGCCCGACAAGCAAUAACCAGACAUCCGGGACUACAACAGCUACUCAAGAACCUCUUAGUAUCCAACUCAGGCGAGUUCCGAUCUGGCUUGAACCUGACCGUAACACUUACAGAACGCAACGGUACAACCGGAUCACACACCCUCAGAAUCCAUGAUCAAGACAAAAGCUUGUAUCUGAAGUUUAUAUCGAUAGAAGAAUACGAAGGCACGGAAAUUCCACAGUUGGACCAGGGAACCUAUGGUUCGCUUAUCAAUGCCAUAUACCACCAACACUUUGAGAAAAUAUCACUCGAGCAUUGCUCAAUCGAUACUUCGGUAUUUGGUCUCUUGAGAGCACAUGCAAAGAGUUUGCGACAUCUGAGUGUCUCGUCUUGUAUCUUUUAUGAUGAUGAGAUUCAAGAUGGCAUUAAUUUGCUUACGACUAUUGGACAUGGCCUGGCUUUGGAGACAUUGGUCAUCGUUGACCUCAAUUACGAGAAUAAACACAGCUUGAUCUCAAUCGUUGGAGAGGAAGUCAAGGGUGACAGUUCGGCGGAAGUGACUACUAUUAUUGAAGAUCUGGUCAAAUCUGUUCGAGCAACGAAUGCAAAGAUGGGACGAACUGGAGCUGACGAUGAGGAGCAACUCGACGACCAGGUGCCUUGA